AUGUACGUAUCUACCGCAUCUAUCUAUUCUCUUCGCAUCACUUACAUACACGCAUGAUUGUGCAUUCCUCUCUACAUACUCUCCCGUGUUGUUUGCUGUCUGCUGUAGGGUUGUUUUGAAGUGAUUGCAACUUGGGGGAUUGUAAAAGUAUGAGUAUGAGUGGAACUUCGAUGGGUGGAAGAACUGCUAUGAGGGCCUUUGACUUUGGAAAAACGCAUGUUGUCAAGCCAAAAGGCAAACACCAGGCCACUAUUGUCUGGCUGCAUGGCCUUGGAGAUAAUGGUUCUAGCUGGUCUCAACUCUUGGAAACACUUCCACUUCCCAAUAUUAAGUGGAUCUGCCCAACGGCUCCGACUAGACCGGUUACUUUAUUUGGUGGCUUUCCUUCAACUGCUUGGUGUGAUGUGACUGAGCUUUCUGAAAACGCCAAGGAUGAUUUGGAAGGAUUGGAUGCUUCAGCAGCACAUGUUGCAAGUUUGUUGUCUACUGAACCUGCUAAUAUUAAACUUGGCAUUGGGGGCUUUAGUAUGGGUGCAGGAACCUCCCUAUACUCUGCAACUUGUUAUACUCAAGGAAAAUUUGGGAACGGGAACCCAUACACUAUCGAUUUAAGUGCAGUUGUUGGACUCAGUGGCUGGCUUCCUUGUUCAAAGAACCUAAGUAACAAGGUAGAAGGUGAUGAAGCUGCUAGACGUGCUGCAUCCUUGCCCAUCUUGCUCUGUCAUGGUAAAGCUGAUGAGGUAGUUCGGUUCAGAUUUGGCGAGAUGUCUUCGCAGCAAUUAAGAUCAUGCGGCUUUCAGAAUUGCACAUUUAAAGCCUAUUCAGCACUUGGCCACUAUACAAUCCCUGAAGAGAUGGAUGAUCUUUGCGCUUGGUUAACCUCAAAAUUAGGACUUGAGGGCUAGGUAACUAGGCAAUGGACUUUCAACUUGUUUUUGAAACCACCUAUUCGAAUAUUAGCAGGAAGAUCUAGGAGUGCAAUUGUGCAAAUCCAGUUUUCAUCUUUAUGUUCCAUCUAUGCUGUGUUUACUGUGAUAAUGUGAUACAUAAAUAACUAUAUUUUUAAUUGGUUCUCUUCCAACUAUGAACAAUUCAUAUUGAAUGUA